GGUCCCGUUCUCAGCUCAGUGUUGAGUGAGCAGGUGAUGUGCCAGGACUCCCAUUUAUUCACAGAGGACUGUCUGUUCCUGGGUACAAAACACACAGGACAGUUUGUAUUGCUUUUCAAAUACUUUGAUUUUAUUUGAAGUUUUCCACUACAAUGUCAGGGCACUCGCUGGUCUCUGGCUCCUUUGCCAUAGCAGAUUAUGUGGUUUUUGCUCUCAUGUUGGUGGUGUCUGCUGCUGUUGGGGUCUACUACGCGUGGACUGACAGGAACCAGAGAAGCUCUGGGGACUUUUUAAUGGGGGGCCGCAGACUGACGGCCCUGCCGGUCUCACUGUCCCUGAGUGCCAGCUUCAUGUCAGCCAUCACUGUGCUGUCUAAUCCAGCUGAGGUAUACCGAUAUGGAGCAAACAUUGGAUUUUAUGCUCUGUCUUAUAUGAUAACAAUGCUGGUCACCUCUGAGGUCUUUCUCCCCGUCUUCUACAAGCUAGCCAUCACCAGCACUUAUGAGUAUUUGGAGCUGCGUUUCAACAGAGCAACCCGCCUGCUGGGAACAGUGCUCUUCAUUGUUCAGACAAUCCUCUACACAGGAAUAGUCAUUUAUGCUCCAGCUCUUGCUUUAAACCAAGUGACUGGCUUGGAUCUGUGGGGUGCGGUCAUUUCAACUGGUGUGGUUUGUACCUUUUACUGCACAAUGGGUGGUCUAAAGGCAGUGGUGUGGACAGAUGUAAUUCAGCUUGGUGUCAUGCUUGCAGGUUUCAUAACUGUGAUCAUCCGGUCUGUGGUCUUACAAGGUGGAGUCAUUAACAUCAUCUCAGACUCACAACAUGGAGGAAGACUAAAUUUCUUGGACUUUGAUGCAAACCCUUUGAGGAGAAACACUUUUUGGACUUUAACUAUUGGAGGGACAUUUAUUUGGACCAGUGUCUAUGGGAUCAACCAGGCCCAGGUUCAGAGAUACAUCUCAUGCAAGACCAUGACUCAUGCCAGACUUUCCUUGUACAUCAACCUGUUAGGCCUGUGGUCCAUCUUGCUGUGCUCAGUGUUUGCAGGAAUGUGCCUCUACUCGGUCUAUAAAAGUUGUGACCCAUGGACCACAGGACUCAUCUCUGCUCCUGAUCAGCUGAUGCCAUAUUUGGUGAUGGACAUCUUGGCGGACUACCCUGGCCUUCCUGGACUAUUUGUUGCAGCAGCGUAUAGCGGAUCCCUGAGCACAGUGUCUUCCAGUAUAAAUGCACUGGCUGCAGUGACAGUGGAGGACAUCAUCAGACCCCACACCAACAUGUCUGAGAAACAUCUGUCUUGGAUCUCAAAAGGGAUGAGUCUUUUUUAUGGAGUUGUAUGCAUUGGGAUGGCUGGACUGGCCUCACUAAUGGGGGGCAUCUUGCAGGCAACCAUCAGUAUUUUUGGGGUCAUUGGUGGUCCUCUACUCGGCUUGUUCACAUUGGGCAUCCUCUGUCCAUUUGCCAACUCCAAAGGAGCUUUGACAGGUCUUGUGUCAGGGCUGGCUGUGUCUCUGUGGGUGGGAAUUGGAGCCCAGAUAUACCCUCCCCCGCAUACGAUGAGCCGGCCUCUGCCGUUGUCCACUGACGGCUGUAACUUCACCACAACAAGCAGCAAUAACUGGACAUCCACUGUUCUCCCAACACAACAAAGCUUCACCACUGCAAUCCCAGUUCACAUUGAUGUCAAGCCUGUGCUUGCAGACUGGUACUCCUUGUCCUACCUUUACUUCAGCCCAGUUGGAACCAUUAUAACCAUUGGUGUGGGACUGAUAGUCAGUGUGAUAUCAGGAGGUUGUAAGCUGAAAGUGGAGCCCAGGCUAACAAUAAUGAAAGAAGAUACAACUCUUUAUUACUUAAUCAAGUGUUUCAAAGGCAGAGUCAAGAGGCGCAGUGGGAAGCUUGAUCUGAAGAACAGAGAGAAGAAAUUUGGCAACACUAAUCCUGCUUUCAAUGAUGUUGAGCUGGACUUAACAAAAAGCAGUGUUGCCCCAUGAAAUGUAUUUCAUAUUAUAGUAGGUUAUACAAUUUUUGUGCAUUGAAACAGUUUUUCCAUGAGUUUAUAAAAGAGUUGUCCAUGAAGAAAUGGAACAACGCUGUGACUGUAAAACACAAAUAGAAAAAUCCAUUAGGUUAAAUUACUCUUAAAUAAAAUAAAGAACACAACUAGGAAUCAUAAUUUAUGCAGAAAAAAGGGAAAAUUAGUGAAGCACAAAUGAAAAGAUCCACAGGGUUCAGUUAUCAUCACAGAGUCAGCUGAAACAGGGAGGAGCAUUUAUUGGAAAAAAAUGUUUUUAGCAUUUCUGUGCAAUGAACUUUGAAAUACGCUUUGAUGAAAUAAACAUAACAUGACCAUACGAUUAACACCAAACCCAUGUUAGCUUACACAUGCCAUGUUUAUCCAUGUUUCUGGCAUAUCUAUAAUCAAGCUUGUUUUAGGAUUUUAUGCAAAAGGAACACCACCGAUCCAGAAAUCUGGAAUUUACUAAUGGGGAUUUUUUCAGCAACCUAAUGACUAUCAUGUCAUAUUUUUUUUGCAUUUCCUUGUACGGUCUCACUCUCCAGGCUGUGCACAUCAAAUAGAUGGGGCAUGUUAUCCACAACAACCAUUUAAACUGAAAUCUUUUGAACUGGAAUUGUCAGUCUUAGUUUUACUUGACCUCAGUGCUCCAUUUGAUACAGCUGACCACAAUAUAUUAUUCAAACAACUGGAGACCUGGAUGGGCCUCGCUGGCACAGUACUAAACUGGUUCAAAAUGU